CGUGUAGAGUGCGGUUUUACCUUUCCGGCCAGCAAAAAUGUCGUCCCAGCUUGUUUGGGAGGUUGUCAAGAAGCACAACAGCUUUAUGCGCAAGGGCGUGAAGGGCCUGGUCUUCAGCGCUGAGCCGGGCAACCUGUACAACAAGCACAGCUACAAGUUCUCUGGCCUGGCGAACACCAAGGUUGUGGACAUCCAGGCUGAGGGCGACAAUGUUAAGUUCUCUGUUGGCCGCGUGAAGACGGCUCAACAGCCCAAGAAAUCCAAGCACAGCGUGAUUAUUAAGAAGGACGGCCGCGCCGUGCUGAAGGCCGUUGGCAAGCAGGUGGCCUCCUACCGGCCAGACUUGAAGGCUGCCGCUCAGGCGCGUGCUGCUGCGGUGCACAAGAGCAUCCGCGUGCGGAAGGCGAAGAAGUAAGCACUGGUUGGAGAGCUGGAUCGGCGAUUAUGCUUGUCGGCCUGGGGAGUUGCUGCAGCCGCGGGGCCUGUGACGAUUCGACGUGGAUACUUUGCUGAUUUCUGCUGAAAUGUAAACUGGUAUUCAAGCGUCCA